GUAUGCGCUACGCGCUCGUAGGUGGGAGUUUGCGCUCGGUUUCACGAGAGGCUUGCCACGUGUCGAGCAGACGGGAGUAGCUUUGGAAAGGUUGGUCUUUACCUGACGAUAGAGAAAAUUAUGUUCUUGCCCUUUACUCAGUUAUCCUGAUAAUGUUUUAUUUCUUUUUUACGAGAAUAUAAUUGACGUUAAGGCCCACGGCCACGGAAAGUCAGGGCCCGUUAACGAAGAGUUUCUGUCUCCUGAUGAUUAGGUCCCACAUGUCAUUGACUCAACGUGUAAAACCCCAUUUCCCCUUCCCUCCCCUUGUUCCAAAAUCCAAACCCAGUUCGUCCCCAACCCAAAUCCCACAGCCGAAUGCGGCCACGGAGUCGGCGGAGAACCUAGCCAUGCCGCCGCCGUACUUCGCCGCCUUCUUCAUCUCCCUCCUCCUCCUCGCCGCCCCCCUCCCUCCCUCCGCGGCCGCCAAGGUCCGCCGCCACGCAUCCACCGCCGCCACCGCUUCCUACCGCCGCAUCUCGUGGGCGAGCAACCUCACGCUCCUGGGCUCCGCCUCCAUCCUCCCGGGCGCGGCCGCCAUCGCGCUCACCACCAACUCCAGCGACGGCAUCGGCGCCGGCCGCGCCCUCUUCUCCGACCCCGUCCGCUUCCUCCUCCUCCCGCCGCAGCAGGCCUCCUUCUCCACCCGCUUCACCUUCCGCAUCGCGCCCUCCCCGUCCUACGGCGACGGCCUCGCCUUCAUCCUCACCUCCUCGCGCGCCUUCCUCGGGGCCUCCAACGGCUUCCUCGGCCUCUACCCCUCCUCCUCCGCCUCCGACGACCCCGACCUCGCCGACGUCUCCACCGUCGCCGUCGAGCUCGACACGCACCGCGACGUCGCGCUGCGCGACCCCGACGCCAACCACGUCGCGCUCGACGCGGGCUCCAUCUUCUCCAUCGCCUCCGCCAGCCCGGGCGUCGACCUCAAGGCCGGCGUGCCCAUCACCGCCUGGAUCGAGUACCGCGCGCCGCGACGCCGCCUGCGCGCCUGGCUCUCCUACUCCUCCUCCCGCCGCCCCGACAAGCCCGCGCUCUCCGUCGACGUCGACCUCUCCGGCCUCCUCCGCGCCUACAUGUACGCGGGCUUCUCCGCCUCCAACGGCGAGGGCGCCGCGCUUCACGUCGUCGAGAGCUGGACCUUCCGCACCUUCGGAUUCCCCAACUCCUCACACGCGUCGUCGGCUUCCCCAGUCCCUUCGCCACCGCCCACGGACCAGGCCUCGUUUAAGAGCACAACACUGCCGCUCCCAACAAAUCACCGCCACCACCACCACCUACUCUACAAGCUGCUGGGCGGAGUUCUGGGUAGCGUGGCCUUGCUGGUUCUCCUUGCGGCCAUCAGCACUGUUCUAUGGCUUGGCCAUCGGAAGGGCCGCAGCAAAAUCGAAGAACCUGCCGUGAUGUUCGAGGACAAGAACUUCCGUGGGAUGCUGCCCAUGGAAGUUGUACGCGCAGCAACCAACAACUUCGGCAGUGAGAAUGUGAUCGGCAUUGGUGGCUCUGGCGCCAUUGUGUUUGAGGGGGUUCUCCCUUCUGGUUCAAGGGUUGCUGUCAAACGGUUCCAAGCUAUGCGGCACUGCUCCAAGGCGUUCGAGAGCGAGCUUCGUGUCACGCUUGAUUGCCCACAUCACCCCAAUCUCGUGCCGCUUCUUGGGUGGUGCUCCAGCGAGCAUGACCUGGUGCUUGUCUACGAGUUCAUGCCCAAUGGUAAUCUUGACAGCGCACUGCACACCAAGGGUGGAGCAACACUUCCCUGGGAGGCGCGGUUCGGGGCGGUGCUUGGUGUUGCAUCAGCACUUACAUUUCUGCAUGAUGAAUGUGAGCACCGCAUUCUUCACCGUGAUGUCAAGUCAUCGAAUGUGCUGCUCGAUGCAGAGUUCAAUGCUCGGUUAGGUGACUUUGGUCUUGCUCGCAUGGUGAGCCAUGGUGGGGUGCCUUUGGCGACACAGCCAGCAGGCACACUGGGAUACCUCGCACCAGAAUAUGUGCAUUCAGGUGUGGCAUCAGAGAGGUCUGAUGUUUACAGCUUCGGGGUGCUUGCUUUGGAGGUGGCCACCGGCCGCAGGCCAACAGAGAAGGGAACCGCAGUUGUUGACUGGGUGUGGAGUCUCUGGGGUCGUCGGAGGCUGGUUGAUGCAGCGGACCAGCGGCUUCAGGGGCGGUUUGUUGCGGAGGAGAUGCGACGGGUGCUGCUUGUAGGCCUUUGCUGUGUGCAUCCGGACUGUCGGAAGCGGCCUGGUAUGCGAAGGGUAGUCAGGAUGCUCGAUGGUACUGCACCCAUGACACUGGUGCCAGAUAAGAAGCCACCAGUUGUACUCAAGUCGCCACUAAAUCAAACGUCCUCAGUGAACACCAUGGAUACUAAGAAUACUGCAUUUUACAGUUGUCGCUAGACAUACAAUACAAGGUAGGUUUGUAAAGAAGAACUUUCCUAUCCAUAUGUGGUGGUGCUCUAUCCGUUGUCAUUUUCUGAUGUAUAUGUGCGAUGGCAAUGAUUUCUGAAUUCUUAUAGUAUCAUACAAGUUAUAGGUUGAACAUCAGAUAUGUUCUGAAUGUUACACACUGAAGUCUGGAAAGUUUACUACUGGUGUACUACCAAUGAUAGAGAUAUCUUAGGAAAACUAUUGAAACUGUUGUUUUCUGGUACAAAUUGCAGUGAGGUGUUUCAUAAUUUUCUUGUCUUCAGUUCAGGUAUCAUUUACUCAUUUAUAUGAAGAUAGUUUUGUAAAUUUUUGCAUGUCUUACAGUCUGCUCAGUUUGCUCUGACAAAUUUGUGCUGUCAUUAUCACAGAUUCAUAUGAUGGUAUAUGGAUAGCUCCUAUUGUGAGCAAUUGUGAUUGAGUUUUUUUUUGCAGGAACAGUAGCUGUAUUGCUGAUAUAGAUAUAGAAGAAAUGUUUCCACAGAAUUGGUUUUAAACAUCUGGUAGUCGCUGUAAGCUGUUUAUGUCUACUGAUACAUGAAAAAAACACAGGCAGUGACAUAUGUCUGAUUGUCAUGAACCUAAUGUUUUUUCCUUCCCGCUUCUUAUUUCCCUUUUCUUUGUGUCAUGAUCCAAACGUAAACUGUUUGAUUUGACCCUAAGUCAGAGCUAUUACAAUAAUCUGGAUUAUAGAAAAUGUGACCGGCGGUCCGUCCCAAGUCCCUGAUUAUCUGGACAGUUUUUAUAUGACUGUAUCUUAGAAUUUAUACAAAAAAUUGCACUUGGUGAGUAGUAGCGUACAUUUCUUUUGGUUCAUUUAUGACAUUUUGUGUGACUAAGUUGAAAUUGUCCUUUCUUUAAAAAGUGUCAAAUAGGGUGUUAAACAGUACUUCUGGGUCACAAGCUAGCAGUAUUCUCAUUGCUUAAGGGAUAAAGUAUUAGCUGCAUGGUACUUGUCUUGGCCUGAUUAUUGUUUUUAAUUGUCAGCAUAGUUUAAAAUGUUAUGCAACUUAGGCUGCACAUGGAUGUCCAUACUCCAUACUUCACUGUCCCUUUUCUAUUUUCUCCAUGGCCUUUCUGUUGCUGCACUAACAUGAUGCCUUAAGUUCCUGAUCCGUCUAAUUAUUUGUUGAACUACAUUCGCAGUUUCUGCAGCAAAUAGUGAACACAGUGAGUAUAUAUCUUAAAACUGUUAGCAGAUUGUUUAUUUGCUGUUGCCUUUCACCUACAGUUUUUAGAUAAGUUGAUAACUUCUGCAGCAUUGGACACAGAUGAACUAAAGAUUUGUCCACAUGGCACUCAGGUAGCCUGAAUAUGCAGUAUAUAUGCCCAGUAUUCCCCUUUGUACUGAACCUGACUUCUAUUGUUCUCUUCUCUUAUUGUUUGUUUAUACUCCCUUCGUCCAAAAUAUAAGGCGUAUAAGAUUAGUCAAAUGUCAAACCCUACUAAGUUUGACCAAAUAUUUACGGAAAAACAUCAGCAUGUACAAUAUUUAAUAGACAUAUUGAGAAAAUAUACUUUAUGGUGAAUCUAUUGAUAUUGGUUUAGUAUUCUAGAUGUUCGUAUUUUUUUGUAUAAACCUGGUCAAACUUAGAAGAUAUUGACUUUUGAUUAAUUUUAUAUGCCUUGUAUUUUGGGAUGGAGGGAGUAUUUGCUAAAUUUUGGGUUUAAAGUCAUGUGAUACUACUGCAUUCAAAACUCAAUUUUCAUGCUUCCGAACAUCUUACCUGGUUUCGCUGUAACAAUUGUACUAGGCACAGAUCGAAUUUAGUUUUUUUACUUAUGUAGUACUCCCUCCGGUCUCUUUUAAUUGACUCGGAUUAGUACAUCUUUGUACUCCCUCCGAUUCAUAUUAAUUGACUUCAAUAUGGAUGUAUCUAGACACAUUUUAGUUCUAGAUACAUCCAUAUUAGAGUCAAUUAAUAUGAACCGGAGGGAGUACUAAAUUUGAGUCAAUUAAAAAAGACCGGAGGGAGUAUCUUGGAGUACAAAUAUGCCGCAAUUUUGAAUUGAUCAUUUCGUGAAGCACAGUAACUGUGACUGAUUGACACUCAGUUGAAACCAACUGGCUUUGUGCUGAUGAAAAUACAUCAGGCUUCAGUCAUUGUCAUUGUUUCACUUUGCAAGCACCAUGCUUGAACAAGAGUACCGAGUAUCGUAGAUGAACCCCUUUCACCGUCUGUCCACCAUGUGAUCAGAGGUCAAGGCAAUCCAUUUGUGUUGCCUCAAAGCUUCAUAGGUGGGUUGGUUUAUACAAGUUGAACUGAACAAUUCCUUGUGUUCCUGACAUUCUCUCCAUUUCGGCUUAAGAAAGUUGAGUCCUGCAGCGCCAGCCACGGCGCGGUGUCUUUGGACCGCUGUCUAGAGGCCUGGAAUGGCGGUGUUUCUGCGGUGGAUCAAAGGCUGCCAUGGCAAAUCCUAGCUUCAAAGGUGUAGGGAAUUUCCUCCUCACAACUCAUAACUUCACAUAAUGUAGCUGUUUCAGUUUUAGGGGUACACUGUAGAUUUAAUUCGCUCAUAUUUGUCAAGACUGGGUGUGGAGGUGGCCACUGGUCGGAGGCCAACAGAGAAGGGAAUCACAUUUGUUGACUGAGUGUGGAGUCUCUGGGUUCGCCGGGGGCUGGUUGAUGUAGCUGACCAGUGGGGGCGGUUUGUUGCAGAGGAGAUGCGACGGGUGCUGCUUGUAUGCCUCUGCUGUAUGCAUCCGGACUGUCGAAAGCGGUUUGGUUUGCGACGGGUAGUCAUGAUGCUUGAUAGUAGUGCACUCAUGAUGCUGGUACCAGAUAAGCAGCCACCAGUUGUACUGAAGUCGCCACUAAAUCAAACGUACUCAAUAAAUACCAUGGAUACUAAGAACACUACAUUUUACAGUUGUCGCUAGACAUACAAUACAAGGUAGGUUUAUAAAGAACUUUCUUAUACAUAUGUAGUGGUGCUCUAUCCGCUGGCAUUCUCUGAUGCAUAUGCGAUGGUAAUGCUUUGUGAAUCCUUAAUAUCAUACAAGCUAUAGGUUCAACAUAAGAUAUGCUAUGAAUGUUACACACUGUUGUCUGGAAAGUUUACUACUGGUGCACUACCAAUGACAGAGAUAUAUCUUACGAAAGCUAUUGAAGUGUUGUUUUCUGGUACAAAUUGGAGUGAGGUGUUUCAUAUUUUUCUUGCCUUAGAUUCAGGUGUCAUUUACUCAUUUAUGUGAAGAUUGUUUUUGUAAAUCUUUGCAUGUCUUACAGUCUGCUCAGUUUGCCCUGACAAAUUUGGACUGUCAUUAUCACAGAUUCACAUGAUGGUAUAUGGAAACUGCUCAAUUGUGGCAGAACAGUAGCUUUAAUUUUGUUGCGGGGAACAGUAGCUGUAUUGUUGAUAUAGAUAGUAGCAGAAAUGUCUCCACCGAAUUGAUUUUGAACAUCUGGUAUUUGAUGUACGCUGUUUAAUGUUUAUGUCUACUGAUACAUGAAAAAAAACAGGCGGUGACAUAUGUCUAAUUGUCA